CUCCAAUAGUGUCAGCCGAAGUAACCAAACACCUAAUUCUGUUAAUCUUCCAUUCUUCCCUAUACAUUCCCCUUCGACUACCUCUCUUGCCCGACUCCUAUGUCUCCUUCCUCUCCUCAGCCAUCGAUCGUGACAAUAAAGAAGAAGAUCGAACAAUGGACGGCAAGUCGCCGGAGUUGCUGAUGCAUCUGAGCAUGAAGGAGGCAGUCGGCGGGAGCGGAGGGGGAAGCGGCGCCAACUUCUCUUUCAGUGACUUAGUCCUGAAAUUGGAUUGCUACUCUCCAAAAAUGGUACUGAGCAAUGGCGUGUGGCUUGGAGACAACCCAAUGCAAUAUUCCUUCCCUUUGUUCCUCACCCAACUUCUCUUUAUCUCUCUCACCACUCGCGCUCUCGCUGCCCUGCUCCGCCCUUUACGCCAGCCCGUCGUCGUCGCCGAAAUCCUAGCGGGGAUAGUAUUGGGUCCCACAUUCAUGGGCCGCAUAUUCAAAACAUACACGAACAUCUUCUUCCCGCACCGAAGCGCCUACCUCCUCAAAACAGCCGCCAACAUGGGCCUCCUCUACUUCGUCUUCAUCGUCGGCCUCGAAAUUGACACCUCCAUCCUCCGCCACACAGGACGCAAAGUCCUCUCCGUCGCCACCGCCGGCAUCCUCCUCCCCUUCUUCGUCACCAUUUCCAUCACCUACACCUUUCGCAAACAUUUACUCCAACAACACACUUACAACCAAGCUUUCUACAUCUACCUCGGCAUCGCCCUCUCCAUCACCUCCUUCCCCGUCCUCGCCCGCAUCCUUCUCGAAAUCAAGCUAAUGGAUACCGAGAUCGGCCGCAUCGCCCUCUCCACCGCUAUGAUCAUCGAAUUCCUCGGUUGGGUUCUCCUCGCCAUCGGAAUUGCUUUUACUGGCUCCAACGAAACUGGCGGUUCCCCUCCUCCUUCACAUCUCAUCAUUCUCGCCACGAUUGUGUACAUUCUAUUCUGCUUAUUUGUGGUCCGCCCUGCCGUCGGAUGGUUCUUUAGCCGAAUACCGGAGGGGGAAGUGAUGAGCGAUAUGGAUAGCGGGACAAUUCUUAUCGGAGUUAUGGCUGCCGGACUCAUUGCGGAUCUGAUUGGGAUACAUUCUGCUUUUGGUGCAUUUUUGUAUGGUUUCGUGAUCCGACCGACACCUCAUGCAACCGCUCUUAUCGGGCGGGUUGAGGAGUUCAUUAAAGAUCUGUUUCUUCCUCUAGUGUUCUUUGCGAGCGGGUUUCGAAUUGAUCUCCUGACGAUUCAUCGCCCGUCCCAUGCGCUCGUCCUCAUCUUCAUCUUCCUCCUCUCUGCUUCUGUAAAGAUAGGGGUGAUCAUACUGAUUGCGGUCUACUUCGGCUUCCCAUUUCUUGAGGGUAUCGCUUUGGCCUUCCUCGUCAAUCCAAGCGGAUUUAUCAUACUCGGCAUCGCCCGCGACAAAAAUUUAAUGGAGGCUGACAUUUACGCAGUCAUUCUGCUGCUCAACAUCAUGAUGACGGCAACGGUGACGCCGGUGGUGACCGCCGCCUACAAGCGAUCGAGAAAACACCUGGGCUACAAACGAAGAAAUUUGCAGUGCUCGCGGCCAGACUCCGAACUCCGCAUGCUCGCCUGCGUCCACAAAUCACGCAAUGUCCCCUCCAUCAUCAGCCUUCUCGAUUUAUCCAACCCGACCAAAAAAUCUCCCAUCUUCCUCUACGCCCUCCACCUCGUCGAGCUCAGCGGCCACGCCUCCGCCUUGCUCAUCGUCGACAACGCCUGCAGCUCCGAUUCCCUCCCGCUCACUCACGCCCACUCCCAGCACAUCAUCAACGCCUUCGAAACCUACGAGCAGCACGCAGGCGGCGUCUCCAUUCAACCUAUCACUGCCGUCUCUCCCUUUUCCACCAUGCACGAGGACGUCUGUUCCCUUGCCGAGGACCGCCACGCCGCCAUCAUAAUCCUCCCAUUCCACAAACUGCAUACCGUCGAUGGCGGGAUGGAGGUCAUCCACCCAGCCAUUCGCACGCUCAAUGCUAAUGUGUUAAAGAACGCGCGUUGCUCCGUCGGCGUGCUCGUCGACCGUGGCUUGUCCAGCGCGGCAGGGGUCAAUAGACUUCACCACGUACGGCACGUGGUGGUGCUUUUCUUCGGCGGGCCCGAUGACCGGGAGGCGUUGGCCUACGCUUGGAGGAUCGCGGAGCACCCUGCCGUCGCGCUCACCUUGUUGAGAUUUUUAGCAGAGGGUGAGGCGGCAGCCGAUCAGGACGAGGAGUAUGUAAGCGAGUUUCGAGUAAAGUUUGUGAACGAUGAGAGCGUGUUGUAUGUGGAGAAGGUCGUGAGUAAUAGUGAGGAGACGGUGGAGGUAAUAAGAGGAUUAAUGGAAGGGGAGAGGCCUGAUUUGUGUGUGGUGGGGAGAAGGAUUUGGGUGUCGAAGUUGACGAAGGGGAUGGAGGAGUGGUCGGAGUGCCCGGAGCUCGGCCCCAUCGGGGAUUUGUUGGCGUCUUUGGAUUGCGGGGCGGGGGUGGCUGCGACGACGUCGGUGUUGGUGGUGCAGCAGUAUGUUGGAGAGGGUAACUUGGGGGAUGUAGCGGCUGAGCAGGCGGAGAACAGUCCGACGGCGGCGGAGGGUGUGCAGCAGUAUUUGUCGAAUCAUACUGCUAGUAGAGGAGCGGGCGGAGCGGCCGGGAUGGGCGGAUGGCACGGCGCUGUUUGAUAUCUACGUAGAAUUAAUUACUAUUUGGUGUGAACAAAUCAUGUUAGACUAAUUCGUAGUCAAUUACUUUAGGAAUUAUUUAAUUAUUUGUAAUUCAAAAUGUAUAUUUAAAGAGACCUAUUUUGUUUUAUUUAUUUGAGUGGAGUAAAAUGUUUAAUUAUAAAAAUAAAUAAUAUGUUGC